GGAUUAAUUUGACCUAUAUUAGGUUCUAGAUUUAUCUCUUCGCUUUUUUUGGGAUUUCUUCUUCUUCUUCUUCUUCUUCCCAUUGAUCUCCAGCUUCCGAUCUUCUAGAAAUUUUCAAUCUUUACACAUUUCGAGUAAAAAACAAAAAACGAGUGAAAACCAAACAAAACCCAGCUUAAUCAAGCUCGUCACUCGGUGGAAAAAAAAAACCUUAUUUUAAUGGCGAAAACUCGACCUGGUGUCGCUUUUUCUUCAAAGAUUAAGCUGGGCAAGAAAGAUAUCAAAAUUGUUAGAUGCAAGUUCUAUGUGCAUUUUUGGGAGAUUGUGUGUUAAUGCGUCCAUCAGAUGCUGGUAAAGCUCCUUACGUGGCGCGUGUUGAGAAGAUUGAAGCAGAUGCAAGGAACAAUGUGAAGGUGCAUUGUCGAUGGUACUAUUGUCCUGAAGAAUCACAUGGGGGAAGGAGACAGCUCCAUGGAGCUAAAGAGCUUUUCUUGUCUGAUCACUUCGAUGUUCAAAGUGCACACACCAUUGAAGGAAAAUGUAUAGUUCACACCUUUAAAAACUACACGAGGCUUGAAAAUGUUGGAGUGGAAGAUUAUUACUGUAUAUUUGACUAUAAAGCUGCUACUGGCGCGUUUACUCCUGAUCGAGUUGCUGUGUACUACAAAUGUGAAAUGCCGUAUAACUCAGAUGAACUGAUGGAGUUACUACUAUGUCAUUAUAGGGUUCACCUAGCGUGUGUAGGCGUGACGAUUGAAGAAGCCAAGAAGCUGGAACACUUUGUAUGUGUUGAAUGCAGCUCUGACGAAGAUGGAGUCAAAAGAUUUCAGAACGGGUUUGCUUCAUCAACAACCAAUGAUCUUAAGCCAAGCGCCGAAAAGAUGAUCGAUGUAAGAGCCUCUUAUGAGUUAUGA